AUAGUGUUUUUAAUGAAAGUUCUUCAUGUAGAUUUAUGUAAUUCAGACUUAUUUGGGGAUUUGGAAGAGAGAGCGUGUUCUUGUUGGUGACGUCGGUGGAAGGCGCCGGACGGGGACGCACCGUGUUGCUACUUGCUGCGCAGUUGAGCGAAAUGUCGAAACGGUGGAAAUUUCUACCUUUUAUUUUCUCUCACAAUAACACACAGCGUAGCUGCGAACUGAAUUAAAUAACACGGACUAGAAAGCGGUGCGUUCCCGAAGCGAAGUGUUGCUGACAGCACAACCUGAAGUUAGUUAAACCACAGUGAAGUUAGGUUAGCUAACACGCUAAGCUGGUGCGCUCGGUCUGGCUGCUCUGUAGCUAACGGUCAUAAAGCUACAAGUUAGAUACAGUUUGUUUUAAAUAUGGAGCUUCACACCAGCGGUUCAGGAGGAAUGAUGGUGACGGCGAGUAAUGUCCCUGCUUUUCUUACUAAACUGUGGACGCUGGUGGAGGAUCCUGAGACCGAUCCUUUAAUCUGCUGGAGUCCUAAUGGCACGAGCUUCCAUGUGUUUGACCAGGGCAGGUUCUCCAAAGAAGUGCUUCCUAAGUACUUCAAACACAACAACAUGGCCAGCUUUGUUCGGCAGCUCAAUAUGUAUGGUUUUCGGAAAGUCGUCCACAUUGAACAGGGAGGUCUGGUAAAACCAGAGAAGGAUGACACAGAGUUCCAGCAUCUGUGCUUCAUUCGUGGACAGGAACGCUUGCUGGAGAACAUUAAGAGGAAGGUGACGACAGUAUCAAAUAUUAAACACGAGGACCUUAAACUGAGCCCAGAGGACGUGAGCAAGAUUAUCACAGACGUGCAUCACAUGAAGGGAAAGCAGGAGUCUAUUGAUGCCAAAAUCAGCACCUUGAAACAUGAGAAUGAAGCUUUGUGGAGAGAAGUGUCUAGUCUGAGGCAAAAACAUGCUCAGCAGCAGAAAGUUGUUAAUAAGCUCAUCCAGUUUUUAAUAACACUGGCACGGUCCAACAGGGUUCUUGGAGUGAAAAGGAAGAUACCUCUGAUGCUGAACGAUAGCAGCACAGCACACUCCAUGCCCAAGUUUAGCAAGCAGUACUCCCUGGAGCCCUCACCCAAUAUCUCUUCCCCUGACAUGACUUUCACUGGAACCGGCAUCUACUCUUCCACCUCACCAGUCAAGACCGGGCCGAUCAUCUCAGACAUCACAGAUCAGGCCAGCCCCCUCAUUACAGAACAGUGGCUUGAGGACAGAACAACAAGCCCGUUGGUGCACAUUAAAGAGGAGCCAUCCAGCCCUGUCUACUGUCCAGAAGAGGAUGAAGAUGAAUGUCCAGUCAGAGUGGAAGUUGGACCAGGGUCUAACUUGCUUGUAGACACGCCUCUCUCCCCUGACACCUUCAUCAACUCAAUUCUGCAGGAAAGUGAAUCAGCGCCUGCCCCCACUCAGCAUCCUCUACACCAAAAAUGCUUAAGCGUGGCAUGUUUGGACAAUUCUCCCAAGACAUCUGAGGUGUUCCACCCUUUUUCCAGCCUCUCCUCUUCGUCUCCUCACCUCAGACCACAUCCACGGACUGAACUCUCUGAACACUUGGACAGCAUUGACAGUGGCUUGGAGAACCUCCAAACGAUUUUAAAUGUACAGCCCUUCAGCUUUGAUUCUUCACCCCUCUAUGAGAUCUUCAGUUCGAACACAGACUUCGACCUGGACAGUUUAACAAGUAUUCAGGAACUGCUCUCAUCAGAACCAGCCAAGGAAACAGAAUCCGGUGUUAACUCUGUCAGAUCAGGAAAGCAGCUGGUUCAGUACACAUCUCAGCCAAUGGUGACUGACCCGGUGACCACAGUGAACACAGACACAGAUGCGGAGUACCUUCCCAGUCUGCUUGAGCUGGAGGGAGACUCUUAUUUUACCCAAGACUCUGUAGAAGAUCCUACCAUCUCACUUCUUACCACUGAUUACUAGACUACAGUACCCCAGGACCCCAAUCUAUAGAGGAAACAAACAAAUGGAAAUUGAUUUAGGUGUGUGGGGUUUGUAUUUUAAUUGUUUUCUUUUUCUGUAUUUUAUGUUCAAAUCUCACUUUGGCUUUCUUGGCCUGUUUGCUUUGAACCCUUGACAGCAAUAUCCACUUUUUUCAUAAUUGUAUUGUUUAUAGAAUUGGUACAGUUUAAAUACUUAUGUUCAAUUAUGUCCUGUAAUAGCUUUACCGGGAAGGUAAUAAGUUAAAGCCCAAAUCUGGAACAACCAAGCCUGUUUAAUGGUGAUACUAGCAUUGACCUUAUCAUGUGAGAAUAAGACUUGACAUAAUUAGUAGCUUAGCUCAUAUAAAUUGCCUAUACAACAUGAAAUAAUUCAUAUUUUAAUGUUAGGAAUGUAGUUGUAAUGUAUUGCAUAUAUAAUACAUAAACAAUGUUGGCAUUAAAUAUAAAGUAUUAUUAUCAAUAAA